AGACGUCGAUACAGCAGCAAUUGUAGCUUCAUGCUUGUUUAUGUUGUUACUUGUUUAAACUCAAGCUUUGAAACCGAAGUUCAUUUGCAUAUUGAAAAUUGUUAUGCAUAAGCCACAUGAAGUUUACUCAUUUUGGAAAAUUGUGAAAUUACUGUAUUUGAAUCCAAAAAAUUAUUGUUCUAAGUGAUGGUUUUAAAAGGGAAAUGGUUGGUUUUGAAAGAACAUCUGCAAAGUACAAGUUUCAUGAGUUGGAUUACAUGCUUGCAGGAGCUGUCAGUGGUUUUGCAACACGGACACUCUUUCAACCUUUAGAUGUCAUUAAAAUCCGGUUUCAGUUGCAGAUUGAACCUAUAGAUGGCCAGAGUGGUUGCUCUAAAUACAAAGGUCUUAGUCACGCAUUCAAAUGCAUACUGCGGGAAGAAGGAGCUCAAGCUUUAUGGAAGGGCAUCGUACCUGCUCAGUUUUUAUCGACUACAUUUGGAGCUUUCCAAUUUUUAGCUUUUGAAAUUUUUACUCAGCAAGCUCAGAUUGUUCUACCAGAUAAAGUUUUAUCAGAUGGAAAACCUGUUAUUAAUUUUGUUUGUGGAGCUAUGGCUGGGUUUAUUGCUACAACUGGAAGUUUUCCAUUUGAUGUUUUACGUACAAGAUUAGUAGCUCAAGGAGAACCUAAGACUUACAGAAGUGUAUUUCAUGCUGUCAAACUAAUGCUGAAGCAUGAGGGGCCUGGAAGUUUUUACAAAGGACUGACUCCCACAUUAGUACAGAUAAUGCCCAAUGCAGGAGCACAGUUUGCAUUCUACAAAGUAUUCCAAGGAAUGUGGGUUUAUGCUUUUUCUUCAGAUUCCAACCGUUCGUCUGCUCUUCAAAGUAGUAUUUGUGGCGCAGCCUCUGGUAUUGCUGCCAAAAUGCUGAUUUAUCCUCUAGACCUAAUGAAGAAAAGAAUUCAAGUUCAAGGAUUUGAGGAGGCCAGAAGAUCAUUUGGAGCUGUAAGGAAAUACCGGGGCAUGAUACAUUGUGCUCGAUGCAUUUUCAUCGAAGAAGGCGUCCUCGGCUUGUACAAAGGUGUAUGGCCAAGCAUUUUGAAAGCUGCAUGCACUACUGGAAGUCAUUUUCUCUACUAUGAAGAAACACUCAAGAUACUAGCAUAUUUGCAUAGGGAAGUUCUAUAAGUAUACUUCAGACUGCUUACAUCUGCCAUCAUUUACAUGUUCAAAACAUGAAAGUAUUUAUUCGUUUUCCAUUUUAUUUCUUUCACAUAAAAGAAGAUUUUAAUAAAUUUUUAAACAUGUUUUAAUCACACAUAUACAUGUUACUGGCAAUGAAUGAAAUCCAGUAUUCUUUAGAAUAAUGACCGGAUGUGUCAUACAUUGCUAGUCAUUGUCAUUAUUUAGUAUAUACAUACUUAAAGAUAGAGAGAGAGAGAGAGAAAAAAGGACCUUGAACUAUGAAUGAGUUAAAUGUGAGAUCAGGGCUAAUGCAAGUACUAUUUAACAUAUAUUAAUUUUGCUAUUUAGCUUGUAUAAGAAAAUUCAAGGUUAUACUAUAGGGUGGUUCAAAAAUACAUGUAAAAGAAAAAAGUUUUUCCUAGAUACCAGGAUGAUAAAAUAUACUGACUUGUCAACGGGGGGCGGGGGGAGGGGAUUUUGUAUUUUUUAUAAUAUAAAAUGUUUCAAUGCGAGUUAUUGUGUUUUUUUUUCUGGAGUCAAACAGUCAAAUUAUUGUUCUGUUUGAAACAUUUACUACUUGUGUAUAAUUAAUUUGUAAAUAAUAUAUUGUUUAAUACAUAUUUAUGUGUUUGUACUCCAAAUUAAACUGAUUUAAUAACAUUGUGGACAGUGCCUUUGGUGCUCUUUAGUGUUGAAUUUUUACUACUAACUCAUGUUGAACUAUAAUCGAGAAUUUCUUAAUGCUUUGUGAUUGACAUUUGUAAUUUACGUUUUAUGAUUCACGUUGUAUGUUUUAACUUUACUUUAUUAUUUUAUUUUGCUUACUGUUUAUUAAUGAAUCUUAUAUUAUACCAGGACACCCCUCAAUAUUUUUAGACUUGUGGAUGGUAAUAUACUGGAAGAAUUUUAGCUUCCUAUUUCAACUGAAAGAGAGUGCUCAACCCCCGCCUCCAAACUUCAUAUGUAUGGGGAGAGGGGUUUAAAAAUACAUUGAAAUGAAAAAACAACGCUAUAUAUUAUAAUAUACACGAGUAUUUAUGCAUAUACAUUGCAAUAAAAUAAUUAUUUACAAAAAAAUAGCUGGGGAAAUUAAAUGUUUCUAAAUUUGUGACAUUUUCUAUGCUAAGGCUAAUGUUAAAUUGAGGGGCAUUGAGUGCUGUCUUAAAAUUUCAGUAAGAAGCUGAAACUUUUGCUGCAUAAUGCUAUUAGUAAGUCUAAAAAA